CAGGUACAGAGAAGGUCCCUCCUGUGCACAUGCAUGUGUGUUUCCUUGUCAGUAAAGAUUCUGUGAUUGUUUUUUUCUGUGCUUACAAGAGGACUGGUACCUGAGAACUCAACAAUGGCACAAGUUCCCUCAAGUUGCCCUAUGACAAAAAAAGAAACUACAUCUAAGUGGUCAGAUGUAAUUAAGAACAGUGUACAGACAGCAACAGACCCCAAACAAAUAUACCUGCUGAAAACAGUCCAGGAACUUCUGAAUGAAGAUGGAACAGUCAGGAGACACACAUUUGGAAGAAAAUCCCCCCAAGAAAGGAACAGGACAAUCCUGAUGGUGGGAGAAACAGGAACAGGGAAGUCUUCACUCAUCAAUCUGAUGGUCAACUACAUGCUGGGGGUAAAGUGGGAAGACAAUAUCAGGUUUGAAAUUACACAUGAAAACCGAAAAAAAGACCAAUAUGAAUCUAAAACCACUGCGAUUACUGCCUAUGAGAUUUAUGGGCAGGGGGAACAGUCUAUUCCUUUUUCCCUGACAGUCAUUGAUACACCAGGAUUUGAAGACACAGGUGGGCUUAAAAAUGAUCCAAGAGUUUCUCAGAAUCUGUACACAUUAUUGAAUUCUGUAUAUGGCAUUCAACAAAUAGAUGCAGCUUGCCUUGUGGUGAAGGCAUCUCAGAAUCGCCUCAGUCCCAGCCAGAAGUACAUCUUUGAUGCCAUCCUGUCCCUCUUUGGGAAGAACAUGGAGAAAAACCUCAUGAUUCUCAUCACCUUCUCAGACUGGUUGCCAGCUUCAGAAGCUCUUGAGGCAGUUACUGAGUUUGGCAUACCUUUCCCCAACAAUGUAAUUAUUCACUAUCUGUUCAACAACUGUCCUCUUACAGAUUAUCAGAAGGAAUAUGAAAAAUUAUUCAGAACACAUUGGAAUAAUGGAAUUGACAGCAUGAGGGCAUUCUUUCAGACUUUAGAUCAAAUGGAAACUCAAAGCUUGAAGAUGACUGAAAAUGUCUUGAGGGAGCGUAACAGCCUGAAAGCUUGUAUCGAGAGCUGUGAGAGUCAGAUCAAGGAGGUGGGCUUGAAACACGAGGCACUUGAUGAAGCUAAUGAAACUCUGAAAAAGCACGAAGUACGUGCAACUUUCUGUUUAAAGUGUAAGGAAAUAUGCCACAUUCCAUGUACUAAAGCAUCAAACCCAUGGUGGUGUAAAGUAAUGAAAUGGAAUGGGAGCUGUGAAACCUGUAAAUGCAGCUACGAGAUCCAUGAAACCAGCUCACCUGUAAAAUUCUAUGAAGAAAAGAAAAGAAGAUGUGAGCAAGAGUUGAGGAAUGCAGAAGCUGAGGAAACCAGCCUCUUUGAAAGGUGUUUCCGGUGCAUUCUCCAGCUUAGAGAGCUUGCUCUGAAGUUUGAUUCUGAUUCUACUCGUCAGAGUAUUCUCAGGCUGAUAGAAGUGCUGAAGAGUAACAACCAGACAGAGAAGGCGGAAAAGGUGCAGAAUAUUCUGGAGAAGUAGGAAUGGACAAGCAGUGUUAGGCUGAAUGGCUUGUUCUUGUGUUGUGUUGUGUUGUUAUAUGUUUUGUUAUGAGGUUAACAGACACAGAGAAGAUGUGUGUUUAGUUGCACAAUCUUCUGCUUUUCACGUAGAUGUUGUAGGGCCAAAAUGAUACAUUUCAGCAAACCUGAACAGUAGAGUUUAUUUACCAAGGGAUCCCCCCAUUGACCCUUCUGUGGGACAGAUACACAGGAAACUGCUACCAAAACAGUUAAACAGCCAAAGGUGUAUUCAGUCCAGAUUGUAACUUUGCCUAUUUCUCUCUAGUGGCGGAACUUGUCCAUUUCUCCAUAGAAAGUACUGAAAAGUCUCUUAGACUCAACAGAAAAAUGGGACUGGAAUGUUUUACUUUUUAAUUGUCUUGAAGUGGAUCUUUAUUUCCUAGCUGGUAGGUUUUAUCAUUUGAACAAAUACGAAUAGAAUGAAUAGAAGUUUGUAUUUAGUGUGUAGUGCAGUUUUGUAUUUGUGAAAUACGUGUCAUGUAAUUAAGAAUCUAGUGAAAACUGUAGAUAUGAGUACGAACUGCUGGGGAAGUACUUUACUGUUCCAAUAUCUUGAGUACUACUUGAGAAUUGCAGGUAGAUGGAACUUUUUUUUAAAAAUGUUGUUUGAAAUCCAGUUCUCCUCGAUUUUCUGCUUUUAAGGUCAGUUCAGAUCAAAACUGAGGGCAGACUAGAUUAGAUUAAUUAUUAAAAAUCAUAAAGAAUCUUCGGUUAAAUUAAAUUACUGUUUCCGUAACAGCUAAUUAGUUGGUUGCCCGAAUCCAUCUCAUCUUUAAACUCGGGGCUGAAAAUCAGACAUACUGAAUCUUUUAAUGUACUAUGGGGUGCUUAGUAGACUAGUUUCCCUAGGUCCUAUAAUCCUGAUGGGUAGUUAAGUGAAUGGGCCCAGAUCUCUCCGAGUAUCUGUAUAUAGGAUUAAAAAAAAAACAAAAAAAAAACAAAAAAAACAACUUUUAGAAUUAACUGGUUGGUAAGGAGGAGGAAAAUAUAUAUUCUCUGUUUUAGCUAGUGACAAAGACCAUUAUUUGGUCAAUGAAUAUAGUUAUAUGAUGAAUAUAUAACCAUUUAUAUAUUUUGUUUAGCUAUUUACUGUUUACCUUGCUUUCUUAGGACUGUAUAAGUGAUAUGUAUUGCAGAACCUGUCCAACAGGUGAAUACAUUUCUUCAUAUCUGGACCACGAAUAACAACAGGACCAAUGGACCAUGCAUGCAUUUAUGGGGUGGGGGUGAAGCAGAUGAAAUAAGUUCUGGAACCAAAUGUACAGAAAUAAGAACAACUUGCAUGGCGAUGUGAAAGAAGUUAGUCGAAGAGGACUAUUAAAGUGAAUCUAAAUGUAAAUUUUUUGUGUGGAAACAAGGGACUUUCAUUCUUAUCAUCCCUCCUUUGGUGAAAUCUGAUUCCAUAAUUUACAGAAGCUCUUUCCAUCUUCAUUGCAGAUGUAAUGUUCCUCUCAUUCUGACUGAUGUUCCAUUAGUUUGGGGCUGCUUCAAAAAACACUGAUCUUCACCUUGUGCUGAAUAUGCCAAAUGCACCGUGGUGUAAUGUGGUGUUUUGUGCUCUGUGAAACGCAUUAGGUUGUGAAGAUCUUUGCAUGAAAGAGGUUCAGAUAAGAUUUGUGUGUGUUUGUUUUAUUUGACUGAGUACUGAUGUGUUCUUUAUCCUGAAGCCAUUGUUUCUUUUUCUCCCACAUUAAUUAUCAUGCCAUACUAACCUUGUGCCUUAAAUAUUCAACCUGCUUCCUCAAAUAUAAUAAAUUGCUGUAAUUUGAACUAA